AUGCCCCGGUAUGACCUUUUCGCGCGCCUUCCGUUGCUGGCGUACGUGGACCGCGUCCAUAUUCGCUACCGCCCGGGAUCGCGCAACAGCGAAACCUGCCGCCGCCUGCUGCUCACCCUGAUGCGCCCCGAGACGUCGCGGCGUUUCCCGCAGCUGUCUUAUGCGUACGAGCUGCUGAGCUAUGACGCCCGGCCCGAGAUAAUCGUGCAUAUUUCGCCGAACAUAGAGCACAGAUUCUUUGCCGACUCCUGCUCGCUGGAGGACAUCCGGCGUGCCAUCGACACCGACCAGUACCAAGCCCACCUCAACCACCUGCGCAGUCGCUCGCUAGAGGCGUCUCGAGACGACGCGUGA